CCGCCGCUGGCGUUCCCGCUCCCGGUUAGGCCCCGGCUGCUGCGCGGUGCAGCCGGGGCCGCCGGAGGAUGAGCCGCCGGCUGGUGCAGGUGGUCUUGCUGUGCCUGGGCUGCGGCUUGUGCUCCUUGCUCUACGCCUUCAGCCAACUGGCUCUGUCGCUGGAGCAGGAGGCGGCCCGGCGCCAGGGGGACUCUGCCUUGCCCGUGCGCAGGCAGCUCAGGGGCGGCAGCGGCGGCGGAGCCUGGAGGGCCGCGGCGGGAAGCGCAGGCUGCAGCCAGCGAGAGCCGCCGGAAAGGUGUAAGAAUGUGUCUGUAUCCUAUUGGAAUUCCUAUUGGAUGCUGCCCUCUGAUGUUUGUGGAAGGAACUGCUUUUGGGAAGCUGCUCGUAGAUAUGAUUUUGUGAAAAAGCAACCUUUGGAGAAGAUGCACCUGGCCGUAGUAGCCUGUGGCGAAAGGUUGGAAGAGACGGUUACCAUGUUGAAAUCAGCCAUUAUUUUCAGCAUCAAACCCCUGCACUUUCAUAUUUUUGCAGAGGACCCAUUACACACCGAGUUCAGAGAAAUACUUGAUGGUUUGGCGUAUCAAGGAAAAUUUAAUUAUACUUUAUACCCCAUCUCGUUUCCAGCUGAGAAUGCAGCUGAAUGGAAGAAACUGUUCAAGCCCUGUGCAUCUCAGAGGCUUUUCUUGCCAUUAAUCCUCAGAGAUGUGGACUCUCUGCUCUAUGUUGACACGGACAUCUUGUUCCUAAGACCUGUUGAUGAUAUUUGGUCCUUCUUGAAAAAAUUCAAUUCCACUCAAAUUGCUGCAAUGGCACCUGAACACGAGGAACCUCGCAUCGGGUGGUAUAACCGUUUUGCCAGGCACCCGUAUUAUGGAAAGACUGGAGUCAAUUCUGGAGUAAUGUUAAUGAACAUGACCCGCAUAAGAAGAAAACAUUUCAAGAAUGAUAUGACCACAGCACGGUUACGGUGGGAAGAAAUUCUGAUGCCGUUGCUGAAAAAAUAUAAGUUGAACAUAACAUGGGGCGAUCAGGAUCUUCUGAACAUUAUGUUUUUUCAUAAUCCAGAAAGCCUUUUUGUUUUCCCUUGCCAAUGGAACUAUCGGCCUGACCACUGUAUUUAUGGAAGCAACUGCCAACAGGUUGAUCAGGAAGGAAUAUUCAUCCUCCAUGGAAACAGAGGGGUUUACCAUGAUGAUAAACAGCCAGCUUUUCGAGCUGUGUAUGAUGCAAUAAGAAAUUAUUCAUUUGGUGAUGACUUGGUACAUGCCUUGUUGCUACCCCUUGAACUGGAGCUACAAAAGACACAGCACACUUACUGUGGAAGAAUAUACAAAGUAUUCACAAAGCAGCUAACCAAAAGCAUAAGGGACAUUUGCGAUAGAAGAUCUAAAGGAAGGUGAUCAUCAUAGGCUCCCCAAACUUUUGAAUUAAACAACACAGAUGUGAGAGAAUAUAUGAUGCCUGAAGGAUAUUCAUGAAAGAAACGGCACAUUGCUCUAAUCAGUUGUUAUGUCGAGAAGUAUGCCGAAAACUAUCUCCCAGUGUGGACAAAAUGAAGAUGCUGUUCUUCUUGAAGAAUUCUCUGCAGGAAGAAAAGCAUACUGCAGAGAACUGUUUGAAGUUCAGUUAGUACACAUUUUCACAACGGUGAAUUGUAACUGAGUCAAGUGUUGCAGAGUUUUGGAUUCAGGUUCCCCCCCCCCUAUAUAAUAUAAUUAAGUUUCUUUAUAACCUCAAAUGCGUCAGAUACAAAUGAAGGUCUUUAUGUUGUAUAAAUGACUGUACACUUUGUCAUUCCUAAUCUCAAAUUCUGAUAAAACUGUGAACAUUGCCGUAACGGAGUCAGCACUAACCUCACUUUAAAAGCGUGAGAACAAAUUGUUUACAAAUCUCAGAAGUUAUUCAGUUUUCAGAGGAAUGUGUUGUGACUGAUGACAAUCUGUAUGUGCCUUUGUCUUCAUCUCUUGUAUUUUACAAUAUUUUGACAAUCAUGUUUUACUUUUUUUAGAUGUAUUCUGCACCUUCCACUCUAGAAAUAAAUACCUAGUGGAAGCAAAGCUAGUGUCACAUGUAGUUAAUGAUAUAUUGGCGUAAACCAGGAUUGGGGAAUCUGUGGCUGCUGUCGAUGAGCAUUGGCCAUGCUGGCUGGGGCUGAUGACAACUGGGAUCCAACAACAUCUGGAAGGCAACAGUUUCCCCACUUCUGCUAUAAACAACAGCUGGGACCCAAAGAUCUACAUAGGCAUGCUAAAGAGCUUGGCCCAGUGGACCCCGUUUCCAUAUCCCAAACCAGUUUUGGAAGCCUUAACAGCAUCAGACGCAAUUUGCAACAUGGCAUGAAGGCUGUGGUUUGAGACGUCCACACCCAGAUCCCCUUUACAAGUCCAGAACUAGUGUGAUUCUUUGGGUACCGACCAACAUUUUAACAUGGUUGAACUAAACCCCAAAAUAAUAUGGCUAGAUUUACUAAGGCAAAAUAUGAUAUAUAUUUUAUAUAGUUGUUAUUAAAUUUGAAUAAGAUUUUUAUAUUUUCUUACUGGCCCUUCUGGAAGAAGGAAAAAAAACGCGUUGUGAAAUAUACUAUAGUUUAUUAUGAAAAUAUUUUAUUCACUCAGCUCCACAUACAGUAGGCUUAGUCAUAAAAUAAUGAUGUGUGGAUGGGCUGUUUACUCAUCCUGAUUUGACAGUUGUUUGCUUACCCAAAUAGUUAUUGUAUAUUUUGCAACAAAGCUUUAAAACGAUUGGCCAGAAUCUGUGUUUUGUUACAAAUGUCUGAUUUCAGUGGAACCAUAAUAUGGUGCUCUCGUUGUAAUGUUGGUUUGGAAUUAAUAUGUUAAUAUGCUAUAGCAGUAGUAAUUAAUGACUGCAAAAUAUUUUACUGCAUAAAAUGCUAUUUUCAUUACAGUACUUAAUUAUUAUUAUUAUUAUAAUAUUAUACAUAUCGUGAGAAUGAAGUUGGUCAUAUCGGAACAUGGAAGUUACCCCACCUUGUCUAACUGGAUCUAGCUUUCUUGCAGGGGUGAGACACCUGAGACCUUCCAGAUUUUACUGGAGUACAACACCCAACAACCCUGGUGUCUGGAGCAGAUCAGAGCUGGAGUUCAGUGACAUCUGGAGGGCCCCAGUUUCCUCAUCCCUCUUCUUCUGCUUUAGCAUAGGCUGACAUCCCAGAACUUAGCAUCCACUCUAAAAAUGUAAUGUAUCCUUUACUCUCCUCACUGCAGCUCCUACUAUAUAGCACAGAGAACGUUCAGAAAAGGGCAUAUGCAGUGCAUGGUAAGAUGUGAAACCUCUGCUGUUAUUAAAUGGCAGGUGGGACCUGCAGCAAAAUCUUGCAGUGUAUCUGCUCUAACAGUUCUGGGUGCCAGCCAGCCAUGAUUAUUUGACUCUCCCGUCUACCAGUUUCCCUUUCCAAUUGACACAGAAUAUUCCAUGGCUACAGGGCAUGCUAAAUCAUCUAUGGACUGAUGAUUCUUCUUCUUUUUGUGACGGGGUAGGGAUUUGACCCUUAGGUUUAAAACAUUUUUUGUACCUCUGCAAACCUUGGGAUUUUCCCUACCUUUCUGAGCAUGCUGAUGCCUCCGUUUGAUGCCUCCCAGUGGCCCUGUUUCAGCUUCAAACCUGUUAGCAAUCACCAGCUGAGUUCACUGUUAGAGGGAUGAUAAUCGACUGGUGAAAAUUAAUGCCACAUCUCAUUUUUAGUUGUUAAUUUCAGUUGACAAAAGCUGGUGUACCCCAAGUUUACUUCAGUUUGCAGAUGUUAAAAAAGCCGGGGAGAAUUAUUUCAGAAAAUAAUUUGGCAAUGGGUCACCUUUCUUAUCCAAUCUUUUGGAAUGCCGUUGGCAUAUUUGUCCCAGUGAAUGCCACACUAAGAGCAAAACCACUUUCAUAUUUUGGAAGCUAGCAUUUGGCUCAUUGAAAGGAAUCACCUUAUCCUUUUUGUGUCUCACUGUUCAUAACUAUAGCUCAAGUAUUAAGGUGUUUUGAUGUCUUGCUAAAUUUAUUUAUGUACAUUUAUAGACUGCUCAGUUGUUCAAAUUUCUAAGUGGUGAAAAAAGCUUGUUUUAAUACUGAAACAUGGGUAUAGAUAAGGAUUAAGUUCUAUGAAGUCAUGCUGUAAUUUUACUUUAAUCGUGUACAUGUUCUCUCAGAAAAUGGACAGAACUGGAGGCCAGUUGGCUCCUAUGCGAAGCAUUGUGACAAUUAUUUUUACAUAAACUGUGUUUUGUAUUA